AUGGCUUCCUACAUUCAACACAAGAGGGACUGCCGCUCCAAACAAGAUGAACGUAAAAGAAGACUACAGGGAUUGACACAAUGUCGUGGACCUUUCACAAGCUUUGAUCGUGGAGUCAUUGACAGACCAAUCGAGGAACUCGUUCAUGAUGUGCACAAGGGCGUUGUCCAGCCCGUAGAUAUCCUGCGAACUUAUGGUAGAGUUGCGUUGAAAGCUCACGAAAAGACAAACUGCGUGACCGAAGUCAUGGUGAACGAGGCAGAGGGCUGGCUUGAAGAUGGCUCGAUCAAUCUGAAAGGGCCUCUAGCGGGUAUCCCUGUCAGCUUGAAAGACACGAUCAUUGUAGGAGGUUUCGACACCACUGUUGGCUUUAGCAGUUUUGUUGGCAACCAGACCCCGUUGGAUGGUCCUGUCGUGAAGCUUUUGAAAGACGCUGGCGCUGUCCCCUAUGUCAAGACAAACAUGCCCAUUACGCUUUUAAGCUUCGAAUCCACCAAUGAUGUAUGGGGCCGAUGCACAAAUCCUCAUAACAACAAAUAUUCCCCCGGAGGUUCGACUGGCGGCGAAUCUGCACUGCUUGCUCUUGGUGGCCGGAUUGGUAUUGGAAGUGAUGUGGCAGGGAGCGUGCGGGUACCAGCUCACUUUGCGGGCAUUUACAGUCUACGGUGCUCUACUGGACGCUGGCCGAAGCUAGGAUUCUGCACGAGCAUGCCCGGACAGGAGGGCGUUCCUAGUGUAUACUCGCCCAUGACUAGGACUUUGAACGACCUAACUUAUUUCACGCGCUCAAUUAUCAACAUGGAACCCUGGAAAUACGACCCCUCGGUUCAUCCGCUCUCCUGGCGGUCUGAGAUUGAGAAGGAGUACGCGGCUAGAUCCAAGCUCAAGGUCGGUAUCUUGAGGACAGAUGGUGUUGUGGAUCCAAGUCCUGCCUGUGCCAGGGCAAUGAGACAAGUUGAGGAUGCGCUCAGAGCAGAAGGGCAUGAAAUUGUGGAAAUCGACCCGCCAUCGCCAUACGAAGCACUACAAAUUGGUUCACUUUUACUCAAUGCAGAUGGAUGCCAGAUGUUUCGGUCUUUCUUCCGAACUGGCGAAUGGAACGACCCUGGUGCUCAUCAGAUGGAGUGGCUCAUGAACCUGCCACGGCCUUUCAAGUACUUCUACUACCUCUGGGUCAAGUACAUCCGAAGGGAUGAUAUCUGGGCCGGGCUAAUUCGAGGAUGGCAUCAGAAGAGUGCUUUUGAGAACUGGCAGCUGGUGGCAAAACGAGAGGCUUACCGAGUAAAGUGGUUUCAAUGGUGGAACUCGGCGGAUAUCGAUUUCAUCCUGACACCACCAAACGCCACUCCUGCAGUGCCUCACGACGGAAUGAAAGAUGCUGUGAGCAGUUGUGGCUAUACUUUCCUGUUCAAUGUUCUCGAUUAUACAGCUGGUGUGCUACCGGUAACACAUGUCGACAAGAACCUUGAUCAGCUUCCCGGCGGGUUUGAUAUCAAGAAGCUCAACGGUGUUGCCCAGGGUGCUUACAAGUUAUAUGAUGCCGAAGCGAUGCACGGCCUGCCGGUUGGUGUCCAGGUUGUAGGGAGGCGUCUGGAAGAGGAGAAGGUUCUCGCUAUUAUGAAGAGAGUCGAGAAUGCACUCGGCGACAGCAAGUAUAAACACCUUGACAUCGACUAA